UACCUUCAAACACAAAUAACAAAGCUUCAAACAGAUUAUGAAUACUAUCUGACAUUGAGAGAUGUCAGAGUAAUGAACUGGCCAUUGCUCAAUAGACCAAAUGAGAUGCUCUAUUUGAUUGCAGCAUACUUGGUGUUCAUCUUUAUUGGAAAGAAGGUGAUGGCCACAAGAAAGCCAUUCGAGUUGAGAUACCCACUGCUCGCACACAACUUCAUCCUGUUGCUAAUCAGUCUUUAUAUCACACUCGAGUCUGCCUAUCAGGCCUACAACAAUGGUUACACUCUGAUGUGUAAUGCAGUCGACUAUAGUGACAAGGGUAUUGGUAUGGCCAAGGUAUUAUGGUUGUUCUUCUUCUCCAAGUCCAUCGAGUUGAUGGACACUGUGUUCAUGAUCUUGAGGAAGAAGUUUGAUCAAGUGUCUUUCCUCCAUGUAUACCAUCACUCAUCAAUCUUCAUUCUUUGGUGGAUUGGAAUGAACUGGACACCAGGUGGCGACGCUUAUCUCUCAUCGAUGAUGAACUCAUUCGUUCAUACUAUUAUGUACACCUACUACUUGUUGUCAUCACUCAAGAUUGAGGUAUGGUGGAAGCGUUAUCUUACUCAAUUGCAAUUGGUACAGUUUGUCAUCAACUUGGGCUCAUCGAUCUAUGCACUGUCCAAUGAUUGUCCAUUCCCACGUUGGAUGUUCUGGGGAAUGAUUAUAUACAUGGUGUCCAUGUUGGUGCUCUUUGGAUCAUUCUACUUGCAGGCCUACAUCACUGGAUCAGCGUCCAAGCGAUCAAGGUCAACAAAGAAACAA